AUGCCUCCCUCACCUUUGCAGUCGUCGACACCAACCGGGUGGCACCCACGUCGUCUUCCCUCGCACUGCAUCUGCAUUGCAUGGCUCCUCAAUCCCACGUUGAUCUCGGACUGGGCUGCGUUUCUUCCUUCGCAAUUCUCGGACUCGGAGGAUGACACGCCCUUGACGCAGCAUCACUUGGUCCUGUGCCUCAUCCUCCCGCGGAAGACCUCGGAGAGGCGCGUGGGCGUCGCGCAGCCAUCGACGGGACACCCUCAAAGCCAAAGGAGCAAGCGACGCCAUGACUACCGCACAAGUCUGCGCACUACCUGCGUCAACAGCCGCGGUAUGCCGCCGCCGCCCGCCCGCCCGUCUAUUCCUUCUUGCCCUGGCGGGCCGUUCCAAGCCCCAAAUUCUCAGAAGCAAGAACUCAUCUCAGCUCAAACGAGAUUCGUGCAUCUCCAAUUCGACCUUAUUUUGGUGCCUAGAGGCAGGCUUGUCGCGAUCAACCCUUCAACCCCGACCUCUUUCCAUAAUCAGAUGGAUUCGAUAGACGUUAAACCAGACAUCGUUAGGGACGCCUACAACCUACCAACGUCUUCCCUACCAGUUAGGACCCGUCCUAUUUCCAUCGCGGCUGUUGACUAUCCAUACACACCUCCAGCAUUUUCCCAUUCUCCAAUAAGUACGUACCUCGCCUUACCUUCAUUUUCGCCCGCUUGGCCUAGAAGAUAUCAUAACCCUGAGAUUUGCGGAGGCUUUCCUACUCAUACGAAUUCUGGCCUGCCACUCCUGGCCUAG